AUGACGUCCGAAUUCUCACAAUCUCAAUUGACCAAAUAUCUCACUCACCUCGCCCUCCCACCAAAAUAUGACCCCUACAUCAACAGCCCGACAGCGUUUCCAAAAACAAAAGAAGCAUUAACAACCCUGUAUCGCUGCCAGAUCACGCGCUUUCCCUAUGACAAUCUUACACUGCAUUACACCGACACCCCGGUAAUUGACAUCGCGCCUCUUAGCAUCUAUGACAAAUUCAUGGGAUCGGGCGAAACGCCCCCAACAGGACGUGGAGGGUACUGUCUCGAAUGCAGUAUUUUUUUCCAUCACAUACUCCUUGGUCUAGGAUUCUCGGUAUACAUGACCGGGGUAAGGAAUCGAGAGCGGGUAGAUGGGGUCCCGCAAGGUGAAUUCAAGGGAUGGACGCACAUCGUCAACAUCCUUGAGUUACCAUGUGGAACGCAGUAUCAUAUCGAUGUGGCAUUCGGCGGCGACGGACCUACACAACCCAUCCCCAUGAUCUCAGGCUCCAAAAACCUAGGAGCCCAAGAAGUGCGUCUGAUAUAUGGCAACAUGGACAAACAGUCGCGCCCGACACAGAAACUAUGGAUAUAUCAGUAUCGGAAUGGGAGCGACAAGGAGUGGAACUCGUUCUACUCGUUUGGUGAAUUCGAGUUUUUCCAGGAUGACUUUGCAAUCAUUAAUCGGUAUACAAGUUGGGAUACCCUUACUAAAAACAAUCACUGGAUCGUGAAGUUCAUUCGCGCUGGGGAGACAGGAGAUCUACCUCUCCUGGAAGGAGAGGGUACUGCUGAUGGGAUCGAGGAGGUUGGGGUUGUUGGGAAGAUGAUGUACGUGAAUGGGCUUGUGAAGUUGAAUAUGGGUGGCAGGACGAGGGUGAUCGAUUCAUUUGAAACAGAUGCUGAGCGACGGGAGGGAUUGAAGAAGUGGUUUGAUUUUUCAUUCUAG